CCCACGGAGCAGAGCGCACACCUCCUGACCAAUAAUGUGAGAACCCCCAUCCUCGCUUCUUCGGCCUCCAGUGACGCACAUACCUCCUCACCCCCAGCCCAGCAGGCUCCAUCCAGCAGGCUCUCGGCGGCGCGGGCAGGUGUGACAUGCGGCCAUGUCCCGUGCAGGAAUAUGCCCACGCGUGAACUCCCGCGGACCUUUUUGGAUUUUGCCAGCGGUCUUAUUGGCGGCCAGCGCGCUCCACGCGGGCGCCUACAGCUGUCAUGAGGUGAGGACCGCCUUCCAGCUGAGGCAGGUCGGACCGUCCCACCGGGUCCCGGAGACACCUGGCACAGAUGUGGAUCUCUUGGUCUGCAAGCACCAGGGUCCAUCUUGCUGUACCCGGAAAAUGGAGGAAAGCUACCAGUUUGCAGUAAAGCGAGAAACACUCCACAACAUUUACUCGUACAGCUACGAGCUGAAGCACCUGAUCUCUAGCCACUCCGAUGCUUUCCAGGACAUGUUCCAGUACUUGCUGUCGUUCUCCCAAGGACACCUGAGUUCUCUGCUGGAGGGGACCUACGCACCCCUUUCCAGUCAAGCAUUGCCCCAUGUGAACCAGCUCUUCGCGUCACUCUCCCUUUACCUCCGAGGGGCCAACGUCUCCGCGGAGGCGACUGUCCACCAUUUUUUUAAUGACCUGUUCCCACUUGUCUACACACGACUGAUCAAUCCAGGCAUGGUGGGCAGCAAGGCGGUGGGACCUGAAAUGACCGACUGCCUACGUAUGAUCAGGCAGGACGUUAACCCGUUUGGAAGUCACCCGGCCGUCAUGGCCCAGGAGCUCGUCGAGGCAAUGAGCGUUGGCCGGCAACUCAGCGUGGCCCUCGAGGAAGGAAUGGAUGUGCUGAACGCCACGGAGCAUGUCAGUUUAAGCAAAGAGUGCAUGAAAGGCCUGGUGAAGAUGGUGUACUGCUCCCAUUGCAGAGGCUUGACUCUGAUUAAACCCUGUGUGGGUUACUGCCUCAAUGUUAUGCGUGGCUGCUUGGCCAGCAUAUCUGAACUGGAUCAGCCUUGGAGGAGAUACACCAACUUGCUGGAGCAGCUAACCCACGGAAUGGUGGGCCACCACAGCCUUGAGCUGGCACUGCUCGGAGUUCGGGGUCACGUCAACGAGGCCUUGCUCUACGCACAGCUUCACGGUCCCCUCAUCACAGCCACAGUAGACAAGGUGUGUGGCCUGUCGACCGGGGCGCCUGCCGGCAUGCAGCCUACCAGCCCGGGGGUCCCAACCUCCAGCGUGACCUCGUCGACCCCGUUUCCUUCUGCUGCCCCUUUGAAACCUCUGCCAGAGCAGUGGCUCGGGCAGCUCGCCCAUUUGAGGAGCUCACCCCCACUGAAACCCUCCAAGAACAAUAAACAUAGUCUGAGAACCCUUUCUAGGGAGUUUCUGAUGUACCUGCAGCGCUACAAGUCCUUCUACGCCGCCUUGCCGGAGAUGCUGUGCGAGGGGGAGAAUGUGGUGGACGAGGCUACAUGCUGGAGUGGAGAUGGUGUGGUGGAGAGUUACACUGGCAGAGUGGUAGGAAAUGGUCUGCAUGCUCAGAGACAGAAUCCUGAGGUCAAAGUUCGCAUCCCGAACCUCGCACUCGCCGAAGUUAAGGAGAGGCUGGAAACCUUCAACCAGGAGACCCAGGAGAGAUUUCCGAAUCUGGGCCAGACAGAGACCUGGGAGGAUCUGGGGAGUGGGGCAAGCGAGGGCAGCGCCACAGAUUGUGACGAUGAAGACGGAUGCCAAGCCUCAGGAGACGGUGCAGACAAGACCUCUCACACAAAAGGCUCCAGUGAAGUGGGAUCCAUCGGCCCCGGGACGGAGGGCUCCAAGCCCCCCUCAGUGCGGGUGAUCGGGGCCUCGCCGCCCGCCGUCCGGCCAGGACCCUGCGGCCUGGCGCUGCUUCUUGCUGCACUUUGCUCACAAUGGACUCUCUUCUGAUGCGGACCCCCACGCCUCAACCACCAUCUUUCCUCCCGCCGGGCGCCGGGCGGGACAGAAAGACCGGAGGAUUCUAGUCCUGGAGCACGUCUCCAAACAGCAGCUUCCUCUGUAAGGAAAUGGGCGGGACGUGCGUGUGUGCGUGCACCAACCAACGCAGCCCUUCACUCUUAAAGACACGCCCCUCGGUGAGGUUUCCACGUACGCCAAUUCCCUUUACACUUUUAUUGCUUCCGCCCGCGCACACUCGCUCCUUGGAAAACCUAUUUCCUGUCCGUGGGUUAUGGAAGGCGUGAUAGAUUGAUGAAUCGGUUUCAGGCACCCAAACUCGACCGAGUGUGUUUCCUGGCGGCCGUUUAGAAUGUAGUGUGUGUGCAGGCCAGCAGCCCUCACACACACAUGUGUGUGUGUGUGUGUGUGUGUAUGUGAGUCAGUGUAUGUACUUUCAGUUUCUAUGCAAACAAACCAGCGACUUAAAGGAAGCAGCGAGAGAGGAAGAAGCGUGCAGGUUUUUAUUGACUUGAUGAAUGAUUGGCGUGCAUCCUGGGUUGUUUGUGGAACUGCUCCUUGUUGCAUGUUGUCAACCCGACAUGAUUUAGCCAAGCAUGCCAGGACCUUACAGUAGGGAAGGGAUUCAUAUGGGCCCCCAUUCCAGGGUGGUUUUUCAAUUUUGCAAUUCUGAAAACGAUGGAAAGUGCCACUCUACAUAGCAACUGAUGCUGUGGUGGAAGGUGGAAACACAACACUACUGCAGGGGUGUCAAACUCAUUUUAGCUCAGGGGCCCGCGUGGAGGAAAAUCUAUUCCGGACUGAUAAAAUCACGGCAUGAUAAUUAAAAAAUAAAGACAACUUCCCCCCAAAAAAAUUUUGU